AUGGUAGAUCAGACGAAAUUGAUGCUCACCUACCAUCCAUCUGUUCUAUGGGCAAAUCUCAUCUUGGUGAGGUUUAAGUUACUUCAGAGCAGUCAUUUCCUACUGUGGUUUGGUAAGUACGAGCUGGCAUCUCUGGUACAGAAGGUAGGCAUCAAAGACGCCGGGUCCACCGGGUCCUUACUUUUCAUGUCCUUCCACCCCCGUCAGAGCGGUGUAGCACGUUUUGCCCUUUCCGCAUCGCAACCCGCUUUUUCCCAUCAACAUCCACCAUCUAGUUUCUACUCACCUACCCCUUACGUGAGCUCCGUUCAAGUACUGAUACAGCUUUGUACGUCUAUUUUCAUUCCAUUCAACGUCAUAAAGCUCACUCCUUCAUUUAUCGAAAUGUCGGACUCCAAGAGGAAGCAGCCCGGCUCGGGAGGCGGCAACAUGCACCCGGCAAAAAGAAACAAGGGCGGAAAGGGUGCAGGUGCAUGGCAGACGCCUCAGCACAAGGCCAGGAUUGCCAGUCUCCAAGACAAGGGCGUCACCCUCGGAGUUGGAGACAAGGGCAUCUGGGUCACAUUCGCACGAGGCAUGGACGGGAAAGCAAUCAGCGAGUUUAAUAUGCUCUGCGAUGAGUAUGGUAAGACGCUGUAUGGUGUUGUCCCUCCUGGCGAAGAGAUCGAGUCAGACGACGAUGACGAGGACAUCGAGGCUUCCAUCAAGAAGGAGCUUGAAGGUAUCACUGCCGACAAUAACAGCAGGUCCAAGCGCAGUUUCAAAGCUGUUAAGGCGGGCAUUGAAUGUGUCUUCUUCAUGAAGACGAGAGAUCCCGUUGACCCCGUUGAGCUCUGCCGCCGAAUAUGCCAAGAUGCCAGCCUUUGCACAGACUUGAAGGAGCGGAAAACCAAAUACAUCAACCGUCUGACGCCAGUGACUUUCGUCGACAAGGCAUCCGAGAACGGCGUGGCGAGAGUGGCCAGAAAGGCCUUGGCAGCCCACUUUGAGUUGACGGUGGAUGACGCUUCCAAGGUCGCCGGUAACGAGGAUAAGGAGAUUCCGGGUGAAGCGGGGUCCGAGAAGGAGGACACCGUGGUAGAAGGGCCGAGGAAGGAUGAGAGGCCCGCAUUCACAGUCAGUCUGGUGGCGCCGAUUUUCCGGGGCGAGGUUGUGUUGACAUGUCGACAGUACGCCAUCCGGCCUUCGAUACGCAGCAACACCUCACUUGAUCGCGACGAACUCAUCAAGCAAAUCGCCAAGACCGUCAAUCCACGACACAAAGUCAAUCUGACCAAUCCCGACAAGGUCGUGCUCGUCGACGUAUUUCAGAGUUUCUGCGGGGCGAGUGUCAUCGAGAGUAGUGACUGGGACGGGCUGAAGAAACUCAACGUCAACGAGCUCUACAAAGCAUCUCCCGGGGCGAAACCAAAGGAUGCUGCAACGAAGGAGCUGAAGGAGAAGGCGGCAUGA